GUCAUUGCAAAAGCCCCACUGCAUUCAUUGUGCUACGGUCUCUCCACCCCCUGCUGCUGCUGGGCUUGCGAUUGCCGCUCGCUCCAGCUGAGCUAAGAGUAGCAGCAGCACCAGGGCAGGGACUGACUCCAGACCUUGGACUCAGGACAUCGCAGACCUUCCCUUGCGUGCGUGACUCAUUCGCACAUCAUUUCUGUUUAUGCCUGGGGUGGGGAGAAAAAUCCCAAACCAGCUGUGUAAAUGAGUAUGGAAGAUUAUGAUUUCCUGUUCAAAAUUGUUUUAAUUGGCAACGCUGGUGUGGGGAAGACGUGCCUCGUCCGAAGAUUCACUCAGGGUCUUUUCCCCCCAGGUCAAGGAGCCACAAUUGGAGUUGAUUUUAUGAUUAAGACAGUGGAGAUUAACGGUGAAAAAGUAAAGCUACAGAUCUGGGACACAGCAGGUCAAGAGAGAUUUCGGUCCAUUACCCAGAGUUAUUACCGAAGCGCCAAUGCCUUGAUCCUCACCUAUGACAUUACCUGUGAGGAAUCCUUCCGUUGCCUUCCUGAGUGGCUGCGGGAGAUAGAACAAUAUGCCAGCAACAAAGUCAUCACUGUGUUAGUGGGCAACAAGAUUGACCUGGCUGAAAGGAGAGAGGUUUCCCAGCAGCGAGCUGAAGAAUUCUCAGAAGCUCAGGACAUGUAUUAUCUGGAGACCUCAGCCAAGGAAUCUGAUAAUGUGGAGAAACUCUUCCUUGACUUAGCAUGCCGACUCAUCAGUGAAGCCAGACAGAACACACUUGUGAACAAUGUAUCCUCACCCUUACCUGGAGAAGGGAAAAGCAUCAGCUAUUUGACUUGUUGUAAUUUCAACUAAAGGCUGAGGCACGGAGAAGCAAAAGGAAUCAGCAACUGCCCUGAUGGGCCAUGAGAUGCUGGGGAGAUCUGGCGAUGACUGUGGCUCCCGCUCUCGGACCUUCUGACUCCUGUGGGCUCCUGAGCUUACAAAGCAUGGCAGGCCAAGGGCCUCAACCACAGGCCAGCAUUAGCAGAACAUAUAAUGGUUUCACCCUUUUGCAGUCUGGAGUUGGAGCAAGGAGAAAAUUGCACUAGGCACUCCAUGAUCUGCAGAGCAUGUUGCUUUUGUUUUUUUAAAAAGCAAGUAAAAGCGCAUUCCUGAACAGAGUCCAGGGGGAAAUGUACUGUAGGGAUCCCUCCUGCACAUCAGUGGGUGCAUGUGGGAGCUGUUCUUUAGGGCUUCAGUGGUAAUCAUCUUGGGGCCCUGGUUUUCUUGUCUACCAGAUAAACCAAAACUGGGAAGGCCAAGUACAGUCUCUGUGGUGCGUAUUGACGACCCCAUGGAGAUUUUGAAAAGUGUUAUUUCUCUUGUCCACAGGCACUUUCAAGAACUUUGGGAUGUAAAAAUGAAAUGAAACCUUUACCCAUGACCAACAGUAACAAUCAUUGUUUUAAUAAUAUAUACAAACUUCAUGACUCCUUUUGGUGCUAAUGAUUCCACUAUUUCACAGACCAAACGUUUUAGUACGUUGAUGUCCUUAAAUGUGUUAUAAAGAAAUUUAAAAAAUGGGGGAAGUCCAUGAAUCAGCACUCUUUCUCAAAGUCUCAUUACUACCUUUUUAAAGGUGGAUUUUUGGGAAAAGAGAAUAGUUUUCCUUUUAUGUUCUCCUCUGAAUCUCUACCACUUUCUUCUCUUGUGUCUCCGGCCCUUUAUGUAAAUGAAAAAGUUUGCAAAAUGAAAAAAAUAAAUGAAUAAAUGGUUGAUGAUAUUCUAAUAUAAAAACUUAGCUCUAAGACAUUUUGAGUAGUGUGAGGAAACAGACCAGAUAUGACCAAAAUACUGUGGAUGAAUGGACUGUAGUGCAGGGCUCCAAGCAGAGCACAGUCCUCGAUAGUAGGUCACGUCUUUUACUUCCUGGUACUCUCCAUCUUGGACAGACCAACGCUUAGGAUUUUGUAUAUUUUUUAGUAUGAUAAGUGAGAAUAGCAACAGAUGAAAAGUCUCACAACCUGUUUUUGUAUCUUCUGUGAUAACCUUAGAAAAAUUCUGCUUGUGGAAGCAGAUUGAACUGUCAUUUAUCCCCUCCUUCUUGUAAUAAUGUUACCUUCAGACGCUUAACCAUAAGUUCUUUCUUUUUUCUUUCUCCUUUCCUCUCUGUUUUUCUGGUCUCUCCUUUUCUUCUUUCCUCCCUCCCUCCUUCCCUCCCAUCCUUAUAUGCAUGUGUUACUGCAAAUCUCCAAUUCAAAUGGAGGUGUAUAUGCCUUUACUUAGCCAAUUUAAAAACAGGACUCAAAAUGGGAGAUGUGCUGCUGAAUAUGUGUUUCUGUUUCUUCAGUGCCAUACUUUGAUAGCUUCCAAUUUGUUCACUGAUAUAAAUGCAAAUUGGGAAAAUAAUUAAACCUGUAUGCUGUUGAUGCUGUCAGAUGUUUCUGUAGCUUGCUGCUUAGCAUAACUGAGGGAGGAGUAAUGGAAUAAGGAUAUGAUGUUUAAUUCCACUGUUGCUGUAGAUGGUGACAAUCUCAGUCCUGAUAUGUUGAUGUUUGAAAGCUAUUUAAUUGUAAAGAAUUGAGUCAUGUAAAGACACAAUGUGGAUAAAGCAUUUCUGGCAUUUCUCUAGCAGAUUCCAGAUUGACCAGUCUCUUGCACAUGAGAUUAUGCAUAUUUUUUAAGGGACUGAUACUUUUGAUUGGCCUCACUGUGUUUUUCCUGAUCCCAUGGGAAAGAGAAAGGGAUCCCAGAAAUUUGACUUGUUUUUCUUUUAGAAUCUGUCUCUGCAGGAAAGAAAAGUCAUUUUAAUAAAAACCAAAAUAAAUCCCCGCCACUAAGUCAGCAACUAAAGGUAUUCAGAAAACAAGUUAAUCAAGGAGGGCAGAAGAACAUUUUUUAAACUGUAAGGAAAUGUUCCUACGUUUAGAUUUAUUACCUGUCAUUUAGGGCAAAAAUCCAGUGUCCCCAGCACAUGAUGACCCAACUUUGUCUCACAGUAGCAAGUGUGUUGAAAAUAAAGUUGCUUUGUGAACUUAGAGGAAAUGGCUGUGUUAGAUUGGACUGAUUUAGUUGCAAAAUAACACCUUUUAGGGUCACACUUGUAUUAUUCCCUAGGGUUUAGCCUUCUCUAUAUACCCUUGGCUAGACUCAGAAGGGGAUUAAAAAGCUCUGAUGUUGGCCUCUUUCUUCCUUGUUGCUCCUCCCAGCCUUUCCAUAACUUACCCAUCCACAGCCCACCAGCAGGAACACAUGAGAAUGUGGGACUUUGUUUCUUUUUUUCUUAGUUGUGUGAAUUCCAGAUUAGGCCUUACGGAUGCUUGUCUACUAAUAUAUCUCAAGUUUGAAAACAAUCCCUGACAAUUUUGUAGGUGCAAUAAAUAUUAGUCAAAUAAACAUUUAAGUGCCAAGAAGGAGGGGUGGGGGGAGGAGCUUUUUUUGAUUAAACAGAAAUUCCUUCAGGUAGAACUUGAGAAAGGACACUAAUUACAGUCAUCUUAACCAAGGCCAGAACCUAAAUUUAUUGGUUUGCCUAACAGUCUUAUUGUCAUGGCACUGUUUGCUAAGAUGAGCCUUCUUUACAUAAAAAUGAACUCUCAUCUAGUGGUGGAUGAAAAAAGAGAAACUGCUUUAUCAUAGUUUAAUUUGGCUUGAACUACCAGGGUUCAUGUAUUCCUCCAUUUUUGGUGUGAUCUUUUUCUUCUUUCAAUAAAGUUAUUAAAUAUAUGGCAAAACAUUUUUGUUUCCAAUGAAAAUGCAUGAUACUCAUGUCAUGGAGUCAGGCUUGGGAAAGUCUAUGAAAUAAUAGUUUGCUGAUAAUGAUAUUUUAUUAUGGCUUUGUGUAGACUACAUCCUCAAAGGAUUUUGUGCUUCUUUGCCCAUAGAAGGCUUUUUCUCCCUUUGUAUGCAUUUAUUAAAUCUGUUGAAUUAUA